AUGGAAGAAAUCGAGGACCCGGUCGCGAUCAAAGUUCAAGCUCUGAGCGAUCUCGAGCUUGCGGUACUGAUCUGUCUCGUUGCGGAUCAGCACUGCAUCAUCGACACGGAGCAGCACUUGAGCAACAACGUCGAGGAAGAGUUGCGACUUAUUGCAAGAGAUGUAUUUGGGCUCACGUGCGCGGUUUUGAGUUGCAGUGAACUCACCACGCUCGAUGAUUUUGGAAAUGGCAUCCUUGUUGGAGAAGAUGGAGACGAUUACUUCACCAGCAAGAUGGCGAAGAUCAACGACGACCUGUCGUCCAGAAUGGGAACACCACGUUCCGGGAACAAGAGGGGUUCAAAGUCUCCGAGACCGUUCAGUCCUCUGGACACACGAAAGAUAGCGAACAUCGUUGUCGCGAAGAACCUGAAUAUGGCAAGCUCACAAGUUCAGAUCCAAGCCCUUGAGAAUGACCAGUUCUUCAUUUCUCACAGACACCAAGACGAAGAUGCCUUACCAAACCUUGAAGACCUCGCAGCAGGAGAGAUGGUGCAGCCAGACAAUGCCUCGACCUCAUCCGUCGUACAUACGCCACCAUUCAUUCAAGCAAAGCGUCUUCCGCAGAUAGCCUUGUUCUCAAAUGAGGACCUUCUCCAAUUGACCUCACGUAUGGUUGAUGUCAAGAUAAGCUCAGAGUGGCAAUCUAACUCGCAUAGUGCUCUUGCGCCUCUCCAUGGUCUUACAUACGUAUCUCCGUCACUGGUCGCACUCGCAGCGCGCAAAAUUUAUCCGCAUCGCAUUUUGAUCACCGAACCAGAAGACGAACGAAGUAUGCAGUGGGGUAGCUCUCUCGAAGCUGUGAAAGCGGUUCUCGACGGGGUCACAGAAGAGGAUGUAAUCGAAGAGGUGCUUCAAUCAGUCGAGGUACCACUUUGA